GGGUUGGUCCUUGCCCUCCUUAAAAUCGGGUGAUAACCUGAGAAGACAUGCCUUUCCCUAAACUCUGAGUCUGAUACUUGAGACUCCUUCUCUCUCUCUGUCAUUCUGACAAGAACACAAAGACAAGAUGUCCAAACCAGGCGGAUACAGCAGCCAGUCCGACACUCCCUCCGGUAACAAGCACAAAAGCUACCCGAACGUCGCCACUAACAAGGACCUUCUAGAGCCCAACAAACCGAAGGUGGACCCGAAGGACCAGUCAGCCAAGAGCCAGGAGAAGGACCAAAUGGUUGGACUCAAUGACAAGUUUAUAGCAUUCAUUGACAAGGUGCAAAACCUGGAGCAGCAGAACAAGGUCCUGGACACACGUCUGAAGAUCCUGAAGGAGCAGGAGGACUACAAAGGCAACGUGGACGCUGUGGUCCAACAGCUGGCCAACGAGUUGCAGCGGCAGAUCGAGAAGCUGGCCCGGGACAAACAGAAACUGAAGCAGGAGCUGGCCCGCUGCCAGGACGAAGUGGACCAGACACGCAACAAGUACCAGGAUGAGAUCCAGAAGAAGUCAGAUCUGGAGAAUGACUUUGUGAUCAACAAGAAGGAUGUGGAUGAGGGCCACCUGGCAGCUGUGGAUCUGGCUCUGGAUCUGGAGGACCUGAUGGGAGAACUGGACCUCUUGAGGCGGGGCUAUGAUGAGGAGCUGAAGGAGCUGGAGUCUCAUAUCCAGAAUGAGACGGUGGUCGUGAAGGAGAGCAACAAGAGAUCUCUAGACAUGGACGAGAUCAUCGACAGCGUCAAGAAACAGUACGCGGACAUGGGCUCCCGUGCCAGAGAGGAGGCAGAGCUGUGGAACCAGAAAAAGAUGGAUGACAUAGUGCUGACAGCAGGACAGUAUGAGCAGGAUGUACGUGAUGUGAAGAAGGAGAUUGCUGACAUGCUCCGUCUAACACAGAGACUGAAGGCAGAGCUGGAGACCCUCAAGAAGCAGAAAAUAGUUCUUGAGAAGGACAUUGAGGAUGUGGAGGUGGAUGGGCAGAAUGCGUUGGAGCAGGCCAGGGAUAAUAUUGUUUUGCUGGAGGACGCUCUCCGCAGGGCCAAGCAGGACAUGGCCCGUCAAGUCAGGGACUACCAGGAACUGAUGAACCUCAAACUGGCCCUGGACAUCGAGAUCGCCACCUACAGGAAGCUACUGGAGGGAGAGGAGAUGAGAAUGAAUGACCAUAUACGUCAGCAAGAUUACUAAAACAAACCAACCAAUCCCAGUCCUUUCAUGCACGCAGACAUUGAUUUGCAGUCGAAGCCCCUCCUGACUCUGAAGUCCCUCCCAUUAGAUGCCGUUGCCCCCCCAACCAGCCCCAGGAAGCCCCUCCUGACUCUGAAGUCCCUCCCAUUAGAUGCCGUUGCCCCCCCAACCAGCCCCAGGAAGCCCCUCCUGACUCUGAAGCCCCUCCCAUUAGAUGCCGUUGCCCCCCAACCAGCCCCAGGAAGCCCCUCCUGACUCUGAAGCCCCUCCCAUUAGAUGCCGUUGCCCCCCAACCAGCCCCAGGAAGCCCCUCCUGACUCUGAAGCCCCUCCCAUUAGAUGCCGUUGCCCCCCAACCAGCCCCAGGAAGCCCCUCCUGACUCUGAAGCCCCUCCCAUUAGAUGCCGUUGCCCCCCCAACCAGCCCCAGGAAGCCCCUCCUGACUCUGAAGCCCCUCCCAUUAGAUGCCGUUGCCCCCCCAACCAGCCCCAGGAAGCCCCUCCUGACUCUGAAGCCCCUCCCAUUAGAUGCCGUUGCCCCCCAACCAGCCCCAGGAAGCCCCUCCUGACUCUGAAGCCCCUCCCAUUAGAUGCCGUUGCCCCCCCAACUAGCCCCAGGAAGCGUCUGCUGAUCCGAAUUGAGGUGGAGGCUGGCAGGGUCAUGUCCAAGAGCUUACACUACUCCGACAAUUAACCAAGCCCACCGUCACUCUGCUGUUCGCUAUAGUAACACUGUGUUGUACCUCUUUCUCAUCUAAAAAACAUUGCAGAGUCUUUUGUUUUACGUUAAGGUCAUUAUUUAAUAAGCUAUGGUGUUAAACUUUGUUUUCAACUGCAGUUUGGAAGACCAUGUGUAACAGGAGCUCUUACAAAAUGUGUCCUGUGCUCUUUUUCAUUAUGUUAUGUUUUUCAUUAUGUUUGUGGUGGGAGAAUUUAUCUGUGUUCUCUUGUGCUCGUGUGACUGGGAAGGCUAUGUCCUCCAAAGCUUGAAUGUCACUGAACCAGGUCCAAAAUAAAAAGAGAAAAUAUGAAUGUACCAAA